AGAAUCGUUGAACUGAUGGGCCGCCGCGGUGGAUUGUGGGAGAGGAAGGGCUGAGCACGUUGGAAUUAAAGUACAGCAUGGCGGCCUCCGGUAAAAGGAAACUUUCUGAACUAAAUGUAGACGAGUUUUUGACGUCCGCCUUUGACUCCGAAGGAGAUGGGGAAUCCGCAGAGGAAAUGGAUAAUGACGACUUGGAGCAAGAAAGGAAAACUUCCAAAGUGAAGAAGAAAAAAGCUCUGCAGACUAAAAAUGGAGAAAAGAAAAUCAUGAAAAAGAAAGGAAAAGCCACCGAGCACAAGGACCAGCUCUCCCGGCUUAAGGAAAAAGACCCCGAGUUUUACAAGUACCUGGAAGAAAAUGAUAACACGCUUCUCAACUUUGAUGACUCUGACAGCUCUGACGAGGAGAGAGGAGCCCACCAGCUACCUGACCACCUGGAGGAAAAGGAUGAGGACGAGGAUGACAACGAGAAAGAAGAAGAUGAUGAGACAUCCAAGAAAAAGAAUAAGAAACUUGCUCAGGUUAUCGUCACCAUAAAGAUGGUCGAAAAGUGGAAAUCCGAAGCCAAAGUUGAUUUAAGGCCGAGGCUCUUUCAUGAAAUCGCCCAGGCCUUCAAAGCUGCUGUGGCUACAACUAAAGGUGAAGAAGGAGAAGACCCCAGCAAAUUCAAGGUUGCCGACAGCACAGUGUUCAAUGCGUUGGUGUCGUUUUGCAUACGAGAUCUCUUUGUGCAUCUGGAUAAGAAGCUGCAGAUGAAGCCGACUACGGGAAACAAGAUGCCAAAUCCCUCUAGUAGUGGCCUUUGGAAGAAGCUUCGCCUGGACAUUAAAAUGUACCUGAACUCAAUUAUCCAGCUCCUGAGCUGUCUGACUGAAGCCACCGUUGGAACGGCUGUACUCCAGCAUGUGAACAGCACUGUACAUUACUACUUGUGCUUCCCCAAACAUACCCGAUUGCUGCUGAAGCAAGCCAUCAACCUCUGGAGUACCGGGGAGGAAACAGUCAGAGUUCUGGCCUUCUUGGUGUUGAAUAAAAUCUGCAGACACAGAAAAGAUUCAUACCUCAACCCAGUGUUAAAGAAAAUGUACAUCUCGUACGUCAAGAACUCCAAAUUCACAUCACCCAACGUUCUUCCAAUGAUCAACUUUAUGCAGCGAACGUUGACCGAAAUGUACGCUAUUGAUGUCCAGGAGUCCUACCAGCAUAUUUUUAUAUAUGUCCGACAGCUGGCCAUCCACCUACGCAGCGCGAUGACCCUUAAGAAAAAGGGGGCUUAUCAGUCCGUCUAUAACUGGCAGUACAUCCACUGCUUGUACCUCUGGUGUCGGGUCCUCAGCACUCUCCAUCCGAAUGAAGUCCUGCAUCCUCUGAUUUACCCUCUUACACAAGUCAUCACGGGAUGCAUCAGACUGAUCCCCACCAUGCGUUACUUCCCGCUGCGGAUACAUUGUGUGCAGGCGCUGACGCUGCUUUCUGAAAGCACAGACGUUUUCAUUCCGAUAUUACCCUUCAUCUUGGAGAUUUUACAGAUGGUGGAUUUUAAUAAAAAGCCGGGUCGGAUCAGCGUGAAGCCGAUAAACUUUGCCGUCAUCCUGAAACUGUCCAAUACCAACCUGCAGGAAAAAGUGUUCCGGGACGGUCUCAUUGAGCAGAUCUACGAUCGCAUAUUGGAAUAUCUGCACAGCCAGGCUCACUGCAUUGGGUUCCCAGAAUUGGUCCUCCCCUGCAUUAUUCAGCUGAAAUCUUUCCUGAAGAAAUGCAAAGUUUCCAAUUACUGCAAGCCAAUGCGCCAGCUGCUGGAGAAGAUCCAAGAGAAUUCCGCCUACAUGAGUAGCAAGAGGCAGAAAUGUGCCUUUGGGGUGGCCGACAAAGCGGCCGUGUUAAACUGGGAGAAACAGAUUAAGGAAGAGGGGACCCCUCUAUCCAAAUACUACACCAACUGGAAGAAGUUGAGGGAGAAGGAGAUUCAGCUGGAGAUCAGUGGCAAGGAGAGGAUGGAAGAUCUGAACUUCCCAGAGAUAAAGAGGAGGAAAUUUGAGAAGAAGGAGGAAGAUAAGCGAGAAUUUAAAGAUCUCUUCGAUUCCGAUAGCGAGUCCGAAACCGGGGGACUGGCUCUUAAAGGAAAAUCAAAGAGCGGUGGGGGGUCUUCAGAUGAGAGUUCGGAGCUGAGCAGCGAGGGAGAGGAAGGAGAGUAUGAGGUGGAGGACGAGGAGGACAGUGACUUUGAGGGGGAAUCGGAGGAUGAAGAGGAGGAGGAGGAGGGAGAGAGCGCCGGCAGCGGAAGCCGUAAGAAGAAGAAGAAGGGGGUGCAGCGCGUCUCGCAAGACGACCUGAAGGAUCUGGCCAAGGGGGAUGAAGAUAUUGUACAGGAUCUCGAAUUCUCAGACGAUGACUAAACUAGUAGAGAUUUACCUGCAAUCUACAGUGGUAUCGAGUCUAAUGAGCACGGUGCCCCCUGAUUAAAAACUAAGUACAUGAAGUGGUGGAA